AUGGACGAUUUGAAAUUAUUCAAACAAUCACUGGAGUACAACAGAAUCAAAAGUGCCGUCAAGAUAGUUUCAGAGCAUAGUCAUAACCCCAUUUCUCAGCACUAUGGUUUUUUGCCUGAACACUUGACUAUUAAUAAUCCCUGCGAGAGAGGAAAUGCUGAGCGUGGUAUACUAAUCAAGCAGCAGUGUGAUGCUGGGGACGUCAUAUACGACUUCUUUCCACAAUUCGAGGUGGCUGAGACCAAUCAGAGCUCAGAGAGCGCUGACUGUAAAGACAAUUUGUGUGCUCACUGUCUGAAGAGUCUGAAGGUUUCGAAAAUGGGGGUUGAGUGUGGCGGGUGCGAUGGCUUCGUUAAGUAUUGUUGUGAACAGUGUAUGGAUGCAGAUUUGGCAGUUCAUAAGAUAGAAUGCUUGUUUUUGAGCUGCUAUGAUUUUGAAGAGAGGAACAGAAUAACCUGUGUUGAGCGCCUUAUUUUGAGACUUAUCAUCACACUGGGCAGUGAUGACACAUUGGUCCGACAAUGCCAGGACUUGACGUCGCAUUACGAAGUUUACUUGGAGGCCAAAAAAGGCCAGGGCUUCAACAACUUAAGCCCAAUUCAGCAGUCUCUAUUCGAGGUAACAGAGGCCUACUUAGCGGGAUUUCUCAGAUUUUUCGGCUGCCACCUUCAAGGCCUGAUCAAGCUGUGUUUUGUCGUUUUCGUGAACUCUACUGUUUUGCAGAAUUUCUACGAUGAGCCCAUCGGCAUCAUGUUUGACCCGUUCUUUUCGCUGAUCAACCAUUCGUGCGAGCCAAACACCAUUUUGGUCUGGAACGGGCGCAGAGCAGCGUUGAAGGCGCUGAAGAAGCUGAAACCAGGGGAGGAGCUCCUGGUCAGUUAUUGCCCGGUGUUUCUGCCUAAGAAUGAAAGAAAACAGCAGCUGCAAAACAGCUUUUUUUUUGACUGUGGUUGCAGCAUAUGCACUCUAGACUAUGAUUUGUGGUUUCCUAGCAAGACCCUAACCGGAGGAAUGGAAUGGGAGACUGACACGCUAGAUGGACAGAUGGUCAACGGCACAGAAAUGGAGAGGACUGCCUAUUUGGAUUUGAUGAGGGCACUUCGAGAUGUCUACUGUCCCGAGGAGAAAAAAGGACUUCCGAUUAUGCACAAGAUCGCAACCUCGUCCUCGCAGCUGGAAGCAACAGAACGAUCAAAUCUUUCCACUCUAGUCUACAACAUCGUCGAACUGGUUCCCCGUCACAGCUGGCCAGUGUACAAAAUUGUGUCGCUCAUGAAAGCAAAUACAACCAAAGAUCCUGUGGCCAACUUGCGGUUCACUGUGUUGACCAUCGACAUAGAAAGUGCGCUGGAGCAGCAUCUGGACUACAAAGCGUCACUAGGCAUGGCUCUUUACGAGUUGUCUGUCUGUCUGCUGAAAUUGAUUAAGGCAAAAAGACGGCAGGAAAUCAACUGGAGUCUUGACAUGCUGGUGGAGUCUGCCUUGGCGCUAGCACUACAAGCCCAUAAGCAGCUAAAAACCAAGCUCGGCUCUUCUUUGCUGCCGCCUUUGGCGGACCUGAAAAAUGCUGUGUCGGAUCUAAUGAGUCUGAAGAGUACAGGUAUAGUUAACGAGGCCGCGGCGGGGCAGCAGCUGGAGGCGUUGUCGCAGCUCCUGCAGUGCGGAGUUAAUUUGCUGUCUUUUUGCGAGCCGUUGACCGCGCGCGACGUGGCAGAAUUCGGUUUAAUUUUGGAAUCAGCGUCGGUGUCUGCCAAGCCUAUAAAUUCUAAUUUUAGGUGGUUGCUGCAGAUCUGA